GCCUUCACUUCCCUACACAAUUAUACCCGCAGGCAGCAGCCACUAGCGCUUUCUACAUCACAAUCGUCCCCAGGAAACGUAAAGCUAAAGCCUCCUCUUUGCCCUCCUUCCAUCUGUUCGCCUAAAUGCCUCAGUGAGUCAUAGUCCCUUGCAUCACUGAAAGUCUCAGUCUUUAACUUUCACUUUUGCUCUUUUCUGGGCACAUUCUGAUUCUUUUCUUCGUUUCCUUUGUUACCCAAAUUCAAUUCAUUUGGUCUAUGUGAAGAAAGAUAUGAAAGAUAGAGGCAAAGCUGUGGAAGUAUACAACAAUGAUUUCUGCCAAGAUUACAGCACUUCAUCGGAUCUUCCAUGCAGGAAACACCCACAAGUUUCUUCAGUUGGUAUAUGUCCUUACUGUCUCAAGGAUCGUCUGGUGAAGCUGGUUUGCUCCGAUUGCGGGGAGCAGAGGCUUUCUUCUUGUUCUUGCUCUGAGAUUUCAUCCAAUCCUCGAACUUCAUGCACUGGUGAGGUGGGUAGUGUUGGGCGGGUCUCCUUCUUAAUUGAGAAUGAAAACAGGGAUCAAGUGAUUUCAAAGCCUAAAAACAGUGGAGACGGAUCGGAAGAGGUUUUCUUCCUCAAGAGAAGUAAUAGUAGCUGUGUUGAGAUCAAGAGAAAGAAUGGAUUUUGGAAAAUUGGGAGGCUUUUCAGGAGGAAGAAAGAUCACAGAGACUCUGGGAAGAGUGCUGGUGGGAUGGAUGAGAAAAGCGAUUUGUGGGUUGUUGAUUACGCCGGUGGCGUGUCGAGGUCUAGGUCUCUUUGCAGUUUCAGGGGAGGUGGGUUUUUUGGGUCGGAAGAUGGGGGUGAUUUGAUGAACUACUCCGGUGCCCGGAGCUCUAUCUCCGCCGCUCGGAGUUCAAGCGUCAAUGGCGGUCUGGUUUUUGAUCCCGAGAGAAAAAGUGGGUUCAGUGAAGCAGAGCCGAGGAAAAGUGGGUUUGACAGUGAUAGAAGAGACAGUACUGAUGUUGGUCCUGAUGUUAAAAGUGGAUUCACCGGAGCAAACCGCCGUGUCUUUUCCCUCAAAGAGAGUUACUUUUCCGGCGGAGAUGAUUCCGGGUUCAUUGAUUUGAAAUUUGAUUUCCAGCCAGAAUCAAAAGGGGAUGUCACUGCUUUUAAGAAAGGUGUUCUGUCGGAUUCUAAAUCUGCUUUUGGUAGCAUGAGGGUAGCUGAUUUUGUCCCACCGGAAACCGGCGACAGUACUCUCGCCGGAGACGGUGGUAUUUACAAUGGGGGAUCAUGUAGGAUCACGUUGAAUGAUAGGGGGAUUAAGAAGAGCAGAAAGAGUUUCAAAGGAUGGCGAUGGAUCUUCAAGAACCAUCAAACUUGGGCUAGUAAUCCUAGGAAAAAAGAUGAAGAUCUUACUGUUAAUCCUUGAUUAUAGUUUAGGAUCAAUGUCUUAUUUUAUGUUCUUUUUGUGUUUUGUCAUGUGUAUUUUGGUCUCUGAUCUUCCUUUUUUCUUCAUGUAGUCAUGUUAAUUUUUAUGUAAUGAAGGAGAGGUAGCUAACAAGGGGUGCGUAUGAAUUUUCUAUAAACACAGAAAGAGGGCAAAAAGGAAGAAAUUGCUUGUGUUCUUGUACCUCUAUAAUGUAUAGCAUUUAGCAAUAAAGUGCACUUUGAAAA